CGCCUCCCUCUGGUGAGCGGACCUUCCCGUCCGCCGGGGUGAAAGGUCGGGAAGAUGGCGACGGCCUUGAUAGAGGAGGAGCUGGACAACGAAGACUAUUACUCGCUGCUGAACGUGCGCCGGGAGGCCUCUUCUGAAGAGCUAAAAGCUGCCUACCGGAGGCUGUGCAUGCUUUACCAUCCAGACAAGCACCGAGACCCAGAGCUCAAAUCACAAGCCGAGCAGCUGUUUAACCUUGUCCACCAGGCUUAUGAAGUUCUCAGUGACCCCCAAACCAGAGCCAUCUAUGAUAUAUAUGGGAAAAGAGGACUGGAAAUGGAAGGAUGGGAGAUUGUGGAGAGGAGGCGAACACCUGCUGAAAUCAGGGAAGAGUUUGAGCGGCUGCAGAGAGAACGAGAGGAAAGGAGGCUUCAGCAGCGUACCAACCCCAAGGGAACCAUCAGCAUUGGAAUAGAUGCCACUGACCUCUUUGACCGCUAUGAUGAGGAUUAUGAAGAUGGCCCAGGGCGCGGCUUUCCUCGGAUUGAAAUUAACAAAAUGCACAUUUCCCAGUCCAUCGAGGCACCCUUGACAGCAACAGACACAGCCAUCCUCUCUGGAAGCCUUUCGACACAGAAUGGGAAUGGAGGAGGUUCCAUUAACUUUGCCCUCCGGCGAGUGACCUCUGCAAAGGGAUGGGGAGAGUUUGAAUUUGGAGCCGGAGACCUUCAGGGCCCCUCAUUUGGCCUAAAGCUGUUUCGUAACCUUACACCAAGAUGCUUUAUUACGACCAAUUGUGCUCUGCAGUUUUCAUCCCGGGGAAUCCGGCCCGGCCUGACCACUGUGUUGGCGAGGAACCUAGAUAAGAACACCAUGGGCUAUUUGCAGUGGCGAUGGGGCAUCCAGUCUGCCAUGAACACAAGCAUCGUCCGGGACACGAAGACCAGUCACUUCACCGUGGCCUUUCAGCUUGGAAUCCCCCACUCCUUUGCAUCGAUCAGCUAUCAAUAUAAAUUCCAAGAUGAUGAUCAGACACGUGUGAAGGGUUCUGUCAAGGCAGGUUUCUUUGGGAUGGUGGUAGAAUAUGGAGCAGAGAGGAAGAUUUCUAGGCACAGUGUUUUAGGAGCUACUGUCAGCGUUGGAGUCCCACAGGGUGUCUCUCUCAAAAUCAAGCUGAAUAGGGCCAGCCAGACUUAUUUCUUCCCUAUUCACUUGACGGAUCAGCUCCUUCCCAGCGCUGUAUUCUAUGCCACCGUGGGACCUCUGGUUGUUUACUUUGCCAUGCACCGACUAGUCAUCAAACCAUACCUCAGGGCUCAGAAAGAGAAAGAACUGGAAAAGCAGAGAGAGAGCACAGCCACCGACAUCCUGCAGAAGAAACAGGAGGCAGAAUCUGCUGUUCGGUUGAUGCAGGAAUCCGUACGAAGAAUAAUCGAGGCAGAAGAGUCCAGAAUGGGACUGAUCAUCCUGAACGCCUGGUAUGGCAAGUUCGUCAAUGACAAGAGCAGGAAGAACGAGAAGGUGAAGGUGAUUGAUGUGACCGUCCCCCUGCAGUGCUUGGUAAAGGACUCCAAGCUCAUCCUCACCGAAGCCUCCAAGGCCGGGCUUCCUGGGUUUUAUGACCCAUGUGUGGGAGAAGAGAAGAGCCUAAAGGUGCUUUACCAGUUUCGAGGCGUGCUGCACCAAGUGAUGGCAUCGGACAAAGAAGCCCUUCGGAUACCAAAGCAGUCUCACAGGAUCGAUACUGAUGGAUAAACCUCGUGGGAAAACAAGGGGUCAGGACCUGCGUCAAGAAGAUGCUGCAAAACCGCUUUUCCUGGGAGUCUGAAAGUUUGGAAGCACAUGAAACAGAAACCUACAGAUGUUUUUAUUUUGUAUCAUUCCUGUAGAAGGUCAUUUACCAAUUAUGUGAAGGGACACAUGACCACCCCAGCAUUCAUGGGUACUGUAGUACUAAGGCAAUCCUGCCCUUGGCUAGAGCCACAAAGCUGACAGAUGCCCGUUUCCUAGAGGAACCUGUGGGCACAGAACCGUGGGUCAAGUCCUCGGGCAUCUAAAUGACAGUGGCCCUUCAACCCCAAGUUUCAGGGCUCUUUCAUGAGGUGUCUACGCAAACCGAAAGGAAAACACAGGCCACGGUGUGGUCCCGAUGAUGAAGUGAGCGAGCGUCCAUACAAGCUUCCUCCCGACAAUCUCCACGCCUUGUUGUGAUUACCAAAAAGGGGAUUUGGAGACAGUUCUGAAUUUACUGAAUGCUUGUUACCUGAGAACACCCAACGUGUCCGGAAGACAUCUUUGCCUUUCCCACUGCAUUUGUCUUUAUAAUUACCACUAAAGCUGUGAUCCCUAGGCCCAGGACUCAGCUUUCUCCCAGUGUAACUGGGAUUACCUGUCUCUCCUACACAUUGCAUGGAAAACCAUGGAUCCUUCCCAUGUUUUCAGCCAAUCUGGCUGAGAACUGGGACCACUGCCCACUUACUGGAUGAGGAGAAGGCCAUGGGGAGACAAGGAAGAAAUAUUAACCUGAUUGGGACGAAACUGGCCAAUGUUGUAGAGAGGUGCCAAUUGGAGUGAGCUGGUAAAAGCACUCCAAGGCUUCCUGGAGGACUGGGCAGGCAGGGCUCCCUCCCUCUAGCAGGUGGCCCUGGGGAUAGCCAGCGGGCACAUCCUCCCCACUUAAGGGACAAGUGGGGUGGUUCCCUCUAGAAGGUCCUCUUUCUUGACCUGCCUGUUGUGUGGAGACAAGAGAUGUUAGGAACCCAGGAUACACUUGAAUAGUCUUCCAGGUUACCUGUAGUAAUCAGUCCAGUGAGCAAACAGGCCUGUGGUCUUGGUUGUGGAAUGGCCUUGUUCCUGUGCACCUCCCAGCGUUGUGUGGCUCUGUUCUAAGUGUAGUCACGUGAGCAGGAGUUGGAUUUGCAGGGGCCCAGCCUUCUGUCCCCCCACAGCUACUAGAAUCAAGCUCUCCAUGCCUGGGCUUUGGUAUCAGGGUGAUCAGUCAUGAUCCUUCCCCCAAAUUUUUAAAAAACAAACAGUUCAGGUUGUCUAAUUCUGUGACAUUCAUGCCCAUUUUUACAAUGUUUCCUAGACCUGAAGCUAAUACAAAUUGUGCAAUAAACUUUGCCGAAUGACUCUGACUUAACGCGGCCCGUUGUCCCCUUUGCUGCGACGAUUCUCGCGGGUACCAAUUUUCUUCAUUUUGUUUGAAGCUGGUUGUACAGAAGGCACUGUAUUGUCAAUAAUAAACCCUUUCUGAAAGCUGGA